AUGGUAACGAAACUGCAAUUAUUGCCGGAAUUCUCUAUACGCAACGCCCCCUAUCCAGGUCAUUUUGAAUACAAAUGUGUCGUGGACGUAUGUGUUGAACGAAAUGAAUCCUGCCGUACCAUCAAUGGGUGGGACCUAUCGAAUUGCACUGGAAAUGGAUGUCUCAAAUUUAUCGAUCAAAUAUCCGACGAUAUGUUACAAAAGUUGGAGGGUAUAGUUGACUACUCAGUGCACGCACAAUCGGGGCAUAUGUUGUGGUUCAACAUUAGUGGAAAGCCUUUCUAUUGUUUUACACUUGAAGACCAACCACUAUCCCGACAGUGCCAAUCGGAGAAUAAUAUGAUUCCCUAUGAAGAGCAAUGCUUUCUUCCCACGACUAUUCCCACGACUAUUCCGACGACUACUGAAGUAACGACUGAAUCACCGAUUCUUUCGACCACUAGAGAAGAAUUGACUGAAUUGACAGAAUCAACAACCCCUUUGACUCAGAAAACAACUAAACCCCCGAAAAGCAAUGAAUUCCUUGUGUUUCUACUAAUAAUGGUAAUAUUAUUCUUAAUUGUGGUCAUAAUCGUAGUGUUCAUUGUGGUUGUGAUUGUGUCUCACAAGAGAGAUAAUAAACCAAACGAUGUGGUGAUGUCUGGGAAGAGAAAAAACAAGAAGAAGACACGAAAAAUGGAAGGCAUUCCUAUAGUUGCCAUACAAUCCAAUGUCCGCUCAAAAGUGUCGGGUGUGGUGCAGGCCGGUCAGUUAUUAGCAAUAAUGGGUGCCAGUGGUUCGGGCAAAACAACUCUAUUGAAUGCAUUGACGGCAAGGAAUUUAUCACAACUGUCCGUCAGUGGGAAGGUAUUACUGAACGGACAGGUAGUCAGUCAACAGAAUGUGGCCUCCAUCUCCUCGUAUAUACAACAGCAAGACUUACAUCACCAGUUACUCACAGUUAGGGAACACCUAUUAUUUCAGGCAUUACUACGAAUGGAUAGCAAUUUAAGUCAAAACCAGAGAAUCGAUUGUGUCGUACAAGUCAUGCAAAAAUUAAAUUUAGCCAACUGCUCGGACACAUUUGUUUAUGCCAUUUCCGGGGGUCAAAAGAAAAUACUGUCCAUUGCAUCAGAGAUUUUAACCGACCCUUCACUUGUUGAUGAGCCGACCAGUGGUUUGGACUCAUUUAUGGCUCAAAGUAUAGUUCAAACGCUGAAGACUAUGGCAUCUGAAGGCCGGACAGUCAUCUGUACUAUACAUCAGCCCUCAUCUCAAGUGUUUGCACUCUUCCAACACUUAUUACUGAUGGCCGACGGGAGGGUGGCUUUUAUGGGCACAACCAGUGAUGCCAAACAAUUUUUCACAUCACAAGGAUUGCGGGGCAUUGGAGGCAAACUCGGACACUAUUUUGGCGCACAGCCCUACUUACUGUACGCCAUCCAGGUUUCAGCAAUAUUGAUGGGACUAGUAUUCUGGGGACAGGGAAGUCAGCUUAAUAUCAACAAUAUCAAUGGGGCACUAAACCUAAUGGCCCAGCUCAACUCACUCUGCCUGGCAUCGGUGGCAAUCACUGUAUUUUUCUCGGAGGCACCGAUUGUAAGCCGGGAACACCUGAACCAUACAUACGCCGUGUUUCCAUACUUUUUGGCUAUAGUCUCACUUCAAAUAUAA